CUCAGAUAUCACAGAGCCUGAAGCCGACAAAACAGAUACCAGCACUGAUUUCAAGCUUCUUGGGUGGGCACCUCUGUAACAUUCAUCACCAUGGCAACACAGAAGAAUAACAUCUCAUCCAAAUACAAAGACAUCACCUCCAGAGUUGUGAUUUCAUCAAGAUCUCUUGCUGUCUACCAGCUGAGAACAAAAAAAGAGAAGACUGGAUCUUUGACAAGAAUGACUGUUGGAGAAAAAAAUCCAAACAAGACAAAUAAAACCAUCUUACUUGUGGGAGAAACAGGAGCAGGAAAAUCUACUCUGAUCAACGCUCUGAUCAACUACAUCAUGGGAGUAAAGUGGGAGGAUAAAGUCUGGUUUCAGAUCGGAGAGGAGAAGAGAAGUCAGACAGAAAGCCAGACAUCAGAUGUGAUCGUGUACGAGAUCUUUGGUUUUGAAAAUGAAACUCUGCCCUACUCUCUGACCAUCAUCGAUACUCCUGGAUUUGGAAAUAUUAUGGGGAACAAAAAGGAUGAUGUUAGCAAUCAAAAGUUAUUGGACUUGUUUUGGUUAGAGGGUGGAGUUCAUGAAGUUCAUGCAGUGGGUCUGGUGACAAAAGCAAGUGAUAAUCGAUUAAAUGACCGACUGUUUUAUGUGUUUGAUUCAAUGAUGUCUUUGUUUGGAAAAGACCUGGAGAAAAACAUUGUAGCUCUGAUCACACACUCAGAUGGAAUGCCACCUAAAAAUGCUCUAACAGCUCUCGAACAUCAGAAGAUAAAAUGUGCUAAAAAUGAGAAGAACCAAUCACUUUAUUUUCUUUUUAAUAACCAACAGAAUAAAGAGAGAACAGAUGAAAAUGAGUUUGGUUUGGAGACGGCAUGGAGAGUAACAGAGAGAGGAGUACGUCAAUUCACAGCCUUUCUAGAAGAAAGUGAAGCUCAAAAGCUGGAGACAACAUCUGAAGAUCUGAAUGAACGCAUCAGACUAACAGCCUGCAUCCACAACCUGCAAGAGAGAAUUAAGUUUAUUGAGGUAAAACAGAGAGAAAUCAAAAAUACUCAAGAAGCUCUGAAGAAACCUGAAGAGAGGAAGAUGAUAGAAGAGUUCACUCCUCGUGUUGCUGAGGUCUUCAAACAUAAAGAACCAGUCAGAGGGGGGAUGUGUGGGCUGGAAGCAGCUGUCUGCUGUACAGUCUGUAAGGAGAACUGUCACUAUCCUGGAUGCACACUAGGGUGGAAACCUGAAAACUGCAAGGUCAUGAAAGAUGGACACUGCACUGUUUGUACCAAAAAGUGUCCUGCAUUAGAUCACGUAAGAGAAAACUCGAGGUAUGUGACCAGGUUAAGGAAUGCCAAGAAGAAGAGAUUGUUUGAAUUCAAUAAAACUGAACCUGAGGUGAGCAUUUUGAUAAAUCUGGGAAAGGAAAUGAACAAACUGACAGCAGAAAAGUUACAGCUACUGGAUGAAGCUUAUCAACAUGUGGUCAGACUGGAUCAGAUGGACCUGAAUGUUAAUUCAGUAAACACUUCUGUACACUUGGACUUUUGA